AUGGGGACCAAUGCCGUACUUGAAAACCAUGGUGAGGAUUCGGUGGCCAUAGGUAGAGGUGCAGGCCAAAUGGACCAGGAGGGUGAAUCGGUAGCCAUCGGCAGAGAAUCGGGAAAUACAGAUCAGGCUACCCGAUCGGUUGCCAUGGGAUAUUAUGCCGGACGUACAUCGCAGAGUGAAAACGCUAUAAGUAUUGGGAAUCUUACGGGAGCCACCCAGCAGGGGCAACAGGCUAUAGCAGUCGAAUUUGCGGCGGGAUACAAUAUGAAGUCAUCAAAUUGCUUAGCGAUUGGAUACAUUGCGGGUCGAAAUACACAGGGUUCAGCUAGCAUGGCAAUUGGCCAUAGCCAGGGCUAUGAAAAUCAGGGGUCGAACAGGGUUGCAAUUGGCACUCAAUCCGCCAUAGAUAACCAGUCGGACCAUUGCGUUGCGGUAGGGAUAGAUGCCGGUAGAGUCGAACAGGGUGAGCACGGAACUGCACUAGGUGCACAUGCUGGUCGAUUUUAUCAGGGUUUAAAUGCAAUAGCCGUUGGCAAUGGGGCUGGGAAUACAAGGCAGGGCGCAGGAUCGGUGUGCGUUGGAACUUUAUCUGGCUUUAAUGAUCAAGGGAAAUUGUUGAUUACAAUUGGUGGCUAUACCAUGGUUGACAACGGUGGGGAGGGCAGUAUAGGAAUCGGGUACCGGGCCGGACGUAGUGGAGAAGGUGGGGACUGUGUGAUCAUUGGACGACAGGCGUUGGAGUGGCUCGGUGAAGAGGGAGACGAUACGAAUAUUGAUGAGGAACUUGAGAAGGAGGAUGGAGAAGAAACUGGGGGUGGAGAAGAUGAAGUCGAUAACAAGAUAUACCCCAGAAAUUUUGUAGCGAUAUGUGCACGCGCAUGUAGGACACAGGCAUCAAACAACUCUAUCACCCUUAAUGGGACAAGUGACACACUCAACAACUCAGUCGAAGACUCACUGGUUAUUAAGUCGGUCCGCAACGCCACCGGUCUGAACGCGCUAACGCACAACCCCGCAACGGGCGAGAUCACAUACUCGACAUCGAGUGAAGAGACCAAGGAGAAUAUUCACGAAUACGAGCGAGAUGUCGAGGCGAUCCUACAGGGCCUAGUGGUCAAGGAGUUCAACUAA